GCGAAUCGGACACUCACGGAGACGGCUCGGGGACUUCUCAUUGAAGCCGGUCUUCCCAAUUAUUUUUGGCCGGAUGCGGUGCGGCAUGCUUGUGUGGCCAAGAACAGAGCCUUGACUCAUGUGGGAGAAGACAAAUGGGUGCCCUAUGUGGAGUGGAUUGGAAGGAAGCCGAAGGUGGAUAUGCUUCGGAUGUUCGGGGUGGCUUCUUUGGGACCCAUUUACCAGGAAGUUCUUGGUGAGCAGAGAUUGCAAGUUCAUGGAGAACUUGGCGUACAAGGAGUGGAAGGCGGAGAAUCAAGCGAAGAUUGGUGUGCGGCUUGGAGAGGCGAUCUCUUCGAAGUGGCUCUUCAAGCGCAAGACCGACGCCGACGGCAACAUCGAGCGCUACAAGAGCAGACUUGUAGCCAAGUGGUAUCAGCAGCAAGAGAAGAAGGAGUACAAUGAAGUGUAUGCCCCUGUGGUGAAGGUGGAGUUGCACUACGUGAAGACGACGGCGCAGCCUGCUGAUAUGAUGACUAAGUGGCUGGUUGAGCAGCAGCAUUGGAAGUGUUGCAAGCUUGCUGGGAUGGCUCUGAACUAAGAGGAGCAGAUUCUAAGGCCAACAAUCCGAGGGGGAGUUUGUUGGUGCAACCCUAUGGCUUGCACUCGGCUUGUCGUCCUUGUUUGUGUGUGUGCAUGCAUGGAAUGAAUUGUGAGUCUAUGU